CUACACAGAACCAUAAUGGCCGUGUUCUUCUCUCCUCGUUACCUCAGGAGGUUCCCUGAGUUGUACUAUGAGCUCAAGUUCAAGGUUCCCCAGAGUAACGUGUCAGUGACUGUCCUGAUGGUUGACACCGUAGUGCUAUGUGGGAACACCUAUGAGGGGACCCAGCCCAAAGGAGAAGAGGACCCGGAGGCUGCUGCCAAGCAGUUAGACUGGAUCAACUCCAGACUGGCAAACAGCAAGUCAGAGUUCAUUGUGGUAGCUGGUCAUUAUCCUGUGUGGUCCAUUGGUGAUCACGGCCCCACUAAGUGUCUUGUGGAUAGACUACGGCCACUGCUGAAGAAGUAUGAUGUCACAGUCUAUCUGAGUGGUCAUGACCACAGUAUACAGUUUAUCAGAGAGGAUGAUGGGAGUUCUUAUGUGGUCAGCGGGAGCGGGGCCUUUACAGAAAUUUCCAUUCAUAACAUCAACAGCUUCCCGUCUUCAUGGCAACGGUUCUCCAACGCUGUCAAUCAUACAUCCGGUGGGUUCGCUUACUUUGAAGUCACAGAGAACAAUAUGACUGUCAGCUACAUCCAGACUGAUGGGAAAUGUGUUUACCAAACAGGACUGGCAAAACGCAAAGUCUGACACAGGCAACGGCAUCACGCGAUGUUCAUUGUUGACUUACUGCAGGCCUAAUAUGCUGACUGUUUCUAAGAGCAUACUGUAUCUUUAAGCAGUUUACAAAACUGAAAACAUCUCCUCAUUCUAGUUCAAUGAAUCUUAACUCUUUAUUUUCCUUUUGGUUAAUAAUUGUCUUGGACUGUAACAAAAAAAUUUAAAUAUGAUUUUCUCUGAAUUUUAAUGUUUUGAAUGUGUUUUAUUUUUCUUGGAGAUCCCCACCCCCAAAAUUGUGUGAAAUAAUUGUCAGUUGAGUGACCUGUAGGUGGUGCUGGUUAGACCUUUUUGCAGGAACUACACAAGACUGAUGUCUGCUGUGAUAACGCUCAAGUUGCGUAAUCUUUCUCACCAGACAUAGUCACAUUAACAUAACAUACACCCACUAUUCAACAAUGUCUCAUAUCAAAGAUAAACACAUUACCACAAAUUAAUGAUAAGACUUUAUUGUGAAAAUGCCAAUAAAAUCAAACAAGAGUACCAUAUUAGUACCAGACUCCA